AUGAUUGCGAAAAGUCAGAGAUGUUUGCUUGAUUUUCUUCACAAAUCUCAACAGGACAGACGUACAAGUCUGUUUUUCUAUCUCUCCAUCUUUUCGAUACUCGCUUAUUAUCAUAUUUCAUAUCAGUCUAUCAACUUUCUAAAUCAAUAUCUAUCUAUCUAUCUAUCUAUCUAUCUAUCUAUCUAUCUAUCUAUCUAUCUAUCUAUCACAGUCUGUUCAUAUCUAUAUAUCUAUCUAUCUAUCUAUCUAUCUAUCUAUCUAUCUAUCUAUCUAUCUAUCACUGUCUGUUCAUAUCUAUCUAUCAAAAUCUGUUCAUAUCAUUCUAUCUAUCUAUCUAUCUAUCUAUCUAUCUAUCUAUCUAUCUAUCUAUCUAUCUAUCUACCACAAUCUGUUCAUAUCUAUCACAGUCUGUUCAUAUCUAUCUAUCUAUCUAUCUAUCUAUCUAUCUAUCUAUCUAUCUAUCUACCACAAUCUGUUCAUAUCUAUCACAGACUGUUCAUAUCUAUCUAUCUAUCUAUCUAUCUAUCUAUCUAUCUAUCUAUCUGCUAUGAUAUAUCUAUAUCUUUAACAUUCUUUUUAUAUCUUUAA